AUGUCUGCGGAGAGCGGCCCUGGGACGAGAUUGAGAAAUCUGCCAGUGAUGGGGGAUGGACUAGAAACCACCCAAAUGUCUACAACGCAGGCCCAGGCCCAACCCCAGCAAGCCAACACAGCCAGCACCAACCCCCCGCCCCCGGAGACCUCCAACCCCAACAAGCCCAAGAGGCAGACGAAUCAAUUGCAAUAUCUGCUCAAAGUGGUGCUCAAGACACUAUGGAAACACCAGUUUGCGUGGCCUUUCCAGCAGCCUGUGGACGCCGUCAAGCUAAACCUCCCUGAUUACUAUAAGAUCAUUAAAACGCCUAUGGAUAUGGGAACAAUAAAGAAGCGCUUGGAAAACAACUAUUACUGGAAUGCUCAGGAAUGUAUCCAGGACUUCAACACUAUGUUUACAAAUUGUUACAUCUACAACAAGCCUGGAGAUGACAUAGUCUUAAUGGCAGAAGCUCUGGAGAAGCUCUUCUUGCAGAAAAUCAAUGAACUGCCCACUGAAGAAACUGAGAUCAUGAUAGUCCAGGCAAAAGGAAGAGGACGUGGGAGGAAAGAAGCAGGGACGGCAAAACCUGGCGUCUCUACGGUACCAAACACAACUCAAGCAUCGACUCCUCCGCAGACCCAGACCCCUCAGCAGAACCCUCCGCCUGUGCAGGCUACACCUCACCCCUUCCCUGCGGUCACCCCAGACCUCAUCGUUCAGACCCCCGUCAUGACAGUGGUGCCUCCCCAGCCACUGCAGACAGCCCCGCCGGUGCCCCCUCAGCCACCACCCCCACCUGCGCCAAACCCCCAGCCUGUGCAGAGCCACCCACCCAUCAUCGCGGCCACCCCACAGCCUGUGAAGACAAAGAAGGGAGUUAAGAGGAAAGCGGACACCACCACCCCCACCACCAUUGACCCCAUUCAUGAACCACCAUCACUACCCCCGGAGCCUAAGACUGCCAAGCUGGGCCCCCGGCGGGAGAGCAGCCGGCCUGUGAAGCCCCCCAAGAAGGACGUGCCCGACUCUCAGCAGCACCCAGUGUCGGAUAAGAGCAGCAAGGUCUCAGAGCAGCUCAAGUGCUGCAGUGGCAUCCUCAAGGAGAUGUUUGCCAAGAAGCACGCAGCCUACGCCUGGCCGUUCUACAAGCCUGUGGACGUAGAGGCAUUGGGCCUGCACGACUACUGUGACAUCAUCAAGCACCCCAUGGACAUGAGCACAAUCAAGUCUAAACUGGAGGCCCGCGAGUACCGCGACGCUCAGGAAUUUGGUGCUGAUGUCCGAUUGAUGUUCUCCAACUGCUAUAAAUACAACCCUCCUGACCACGAGGUGGUGGCCAUGGCCCGCAAGCUCCAGCCUGUGGUGGCCGUGUCCUCCCCAGCGGUGCCACCCCCAACCAAAGUGGCAGCCCCACCCUCGUCCAGCGACAGCAGCAGCGAUAGCUCCUCCGACAGUGACAGCUCCACCGAUGACUCUGAAGAGGAACGAGCCCAGCGGCUGGCCGAGCUCCAGGAGCAGCUCAAAGCCGUGCACGAGCAGCUUGCAGCCCUCUCCCAGCCCCAGCAGAACAAACCAAAGAAAAAGGAGAAAGACAAAAAAGAAAAGAAAAAAGAAAAGCACAAAAAGAAAGAAGAAGUGGAGGAGAAUAAGAAGAGCAAAGCCAAGGAACUUCCUCCUAAAAAGACCAAGAAAAAUAACAGCAGCAACAGCAAUGCGAGCAAGAAGGAGCCUGCGCCCAUGAAGAACAAGCCCCCUCCUGCGUACGAGUCGGAGGAGGAGGACAAGUGCAAGCCCAUGUCGUACGAGGAGAAGCGGCAGCUCAGCCUAGACAUCAACAAGCUCCCUGGUGAGAAACUGGGCCGCGUGGUGCACAUCAUCCAGUCGCGGGAGCCCUCCCUCAAGAACUCCAACCCCGAUGAGAUUGAGAUCGACUUUGAGACUCUGAAGCCGUCCACCCUUCGAGAACUGGAGCGCUACGUAACCUCCUGUUUGCGGAAGAAAAGGAAACCUCAAGCCGAGAAAGUUGAUGUGAUUGCUGGCUCCUCUAAGAUGAAGGGCUUCUCGUCCUCGGAGUCGGAGAGCACCAGCGAGUCCAGCUCUUCUGACAGUGAAGACUCCGAAACAGGUUAG